AUAUCUGUUGUUAGACGGGUCGUUUUCGGUGUUACACAAAACACCACGGCGUUUUAAAAAUGAGUUGGAGCGCUUUUGAAGUCUGUUUGAUAGAUUUCGUUUGGCUAUUUUUGUCUUUUUCCUUUUUCGCGACGCUUUUGGUACACAAGUUAGCUAAGCGUUUACCCCAAAAAUACCAAACGUGUCGUCUAAACGUGUUGUUCCAGGAUUUGGUUAGAUACGGAAAAACCAAACAGAAUCUCAAACGUGACGAGUGGCUUUGCGCAUUUGACGUCCCAAAGAGGUGGUUCUGGCACUUCUACGCCACGUCGCUCGUGUGGAAUGGUCUGCUGUUGGCUUUCAGCCUGAACGUGACUCUACGACAUCAUUUAUAUCCGACUUGGCUGACAGGCUUCAUAAAUAUGCUAUCUGGUUCAUUACACACAGAACACAAAGCUCCACCUAUCAGCACUGUGCUGCUGCAGCUGCUGCUGUGGUCACACUCCCUCCGGAGGCUUGUGGAGUGUCUAUUCAUCAGCGUCUUCUCUGAUGGCGUCAUCCACCUGUUGCAGUACCUCUUCGGCCUGGCAUACUACCUCUUGCUGGGGCUGACAGUGCUUUGCUCGGACCGCCAGACAAAAGCAAGUGGGCCUCUAUUAUUCCAACUGGAGUGGUUUCACAUAGCUGGGAUUGCACUUUUUAUUGUGGCAUCUGUGCUGCAGCAUCAGUCCAUGGUGCUUCUAGCUGGACUUCGCACUGGAAAAUCAGGAAGGGUCGAGACAUUGGCUCAUCGAAUGCCAAAGGGCGGCUGCUUUGAGCUGGUCUCAUGCCCUCACUACUUGGCUGAGCUGCUUGUCUAUGUCUCGCUAAGUUUGGUGGCUGGUGGUCUUUCGCUUACCUGGUGGCUUGUGGUCCUUUAUGUAUUUUUCAACCAGGCGCUGGCUGCGCUGCUGUCUCACGACCACUACAUCGCCAAAUAUCCUUCCUACCCAGCGAGCAGAAAAGCAUUUAUACCAUUUGUGAUUUGA